GCCACAGAUCCGCCGGAGGAGAAAGAAGGCCGCCGGAUUUACACCGAACAGAGCAAAAAACAGCAAACAAACAAAGCAAACCAACAUAUAAACAAACAAACCAAAAAAACCCACACAAAACAAAAAACAAAAAACAAAGCCAGAUCUGCAAGGGGAUGGUGAAGAUCCGAGGUGAAAGAACGGAGGUGAUGGUGGCGAUGGUGGAUCUGCAGAAGGUAGAAAAAUCAAGCCGCACCGCACCUCCUCCUUUUCCCCUUAAAAGAGAAAAAGAGAGGAAACUAAGUUUUGUUAAAUUUGGGUUUGAUGAGCUGUUCAAUAUUGGGCUGGGUUUAUGAGUUUGUUUUAGUAAAUUUUAUCCUCAACUUUUUAAUUUUUUCAAUUGAGUCCCUUUCUUGUUUUUUUUCUUUAACUUCUCCCCCAAAUUUUUCAUAAAAUUUUUUAUAACGA